ACGAUACAUGUUUUAGUGUGAAAAUUAAUGUACCACUUAAAAAUCGAUACAAUUUGGUGAUUUUGAAGAGAAAUGCAUUUUAUAUAUUCCAGGUUUCAGAUAUUAUUUCUGACAGCAAUAAUCAUCCGAGGCAUACCAUUUGUAAAAGCUCAAAACAUCAGACUUGUCAGUGGAUAUACAUCUGCGAUGGGUCGAGUGGAGGUAAUGUAUAACGGUACGUGGGGAACUGUUUGUGAUGACGACUGGGAUGGCAUAGAUGCUGGUGUAGUGUGCUCAAUGCUAGGAUAUUCAAGGGAAAAUGCGGUUGCCAAAAAGGACGCUUUCUUUGGAGCAGGAUCUGGAACUAUAUGGAUGGACCAGGUGGAAUGUACAGGAAGCGAUGUUAAUUUAUUUCAUUGUUCUAAAUCAAAACUUGGUAAACACGAUUGUUCCCAUGGUGAAGAUGCAGGGGUUAUUUGCUCAUUAGAUAAUAUAAGACUUGUCAAUGGAUCGUUGCCGUAUGAGGGACGGGUAGAGAUAAAACAUAACGGUGUUUGGGGUACAAUAUGUGAUGAUGGAUGGGACAAUAAAGAUGCAGCUGUUGUCUGUUCUAUGCUAGGCUUUCCAAGAAAUUUUGCAACAGCCAAAUCAGACGCAUUUUAUGGACAAGGAAGUGGCAAAAUUUGGAUUGACGAUUUAUCAUGUAGUGGUCAUGAAUCCAAUAUAUUGCAAUGUAACAGAACAGCAAUAGGCAAACAUAACUGUCAACACAGUGAGGAUGCAGGAGUACUUUGUUCACCCGCUCAAAAUAUUCGACUUGUCAAUGGGUACACAUCUGCUAUGGGUCGAGUUGAGGUUAAGAAUAACGGUGCCUGGGGAACUGUUUGUGAUGACUCCUGGGAUGACAGAGAUGCUGCUGUUGUGUGCUCAAUGCUAGGAUUUCCAAG